AUGGUGAAAUUUGGCAUCGAUCAGAAAUGUGCUUGUCAGUAUCCAGACGCGAGCUCUUACGAACUUUGCGUACUACUUUUGGCGAGAACUUAUCAAGCCCAUAUAUUGCAGGUCUUCAUCGACUGUUCAAUGCAAGAAAUCGAGAUUACCUAUAUGACUUUCCCUCAAACCAUGAAAUCCAAAAUGCCCCUAUACGCACUUCCGAUGCUUCCUCCUGAACCCAAAAUCAUCUUUAAGCCUUUCCCUUCUAUCGGAAAACUGAAAAACUGGAUGCAUGGGUACGAUCUCUACCUAAAAGGACUUGUCGAGGAAAGUGAAAGGGUUGAAAAGAGAUUAGAUAAAUUAAGGUGGAAGAAGGAAUCUUUAGAUGGGAAGUCUACGUUAGUGAAGGAAAAGGUUGAUACAGACGAUCACCUAGGCAAAGGAAAAGAAGAUAAGACAAUCGUUCAGAAUGAUUAUGUAUGUCAUCAUGUUAAGACUAGAGAUCAAUUUAGUUUUCUUGAUCACCUGGACAAUCUUCACUGUCAUCCCCUAUACAGACCUUGCCAUACUUUUAGAGACUCCAUAGAGAUGAUAGAAGCCAUGAAAGAAUAUAACGGUACACACACCUCGUUAGGUCUUCGAAAAGCCCCCUCGUCUGUCACCGAUAAGCCAAUCAGAAAGGUUAAAUUUGGGGAUGAUCUGAGUACGAAGUUCAGUGGUCAAUAUGACAAAGCUGGACCGUCAAACUUAUCACAUGAAGAGAAAGAGAAAGCUCACAAGGCGGUUUGGGCAAGUCGUCGCUCAGAGGAAAGAAAGGAUACGGUGACUGUAUUGAGGAAGAGAAAAUUAGUCAAGGGGUAG